AUGCGUCUCCCUCGCGAUGCCUAUCCCUUCACAAGUAAGGCAGCGGCUCAGAGAUUCGGUCGACGCCUUUUGCGCCCAAGACAAGACUUGGGCUACCAUAGAUGGUCCAAUUCAUCUUUUUACGCUGUGGGUGGUUGCCGUCCUCUUCGAGAGACUCUUUUUCGAAUGCGGUCUGAGACAGUCGUGUUCCUGCUGGAGCGCGGUGCCAAUCCCGACACGACGGAGGACGAGGCCGGAUAUUCGGAUCGAUCAGGAGAUACCCUGGUAGCAGCGCUGGAGAAUAUCCUGGCUUCCCAGCUCUUAUACGCGGAACCAUAUACGUCGGAUCUUCAGAGCACCCUGUUAAUACGUUCGCAAGGUCGCGACGGAAGCAAGGAUCUCACAACGCGAAAGCCAGCUAUCAAUGGCAACUGCGAAUGGCUUGGCUAUGCCGAUCCGAAAUUCAAGAUCGAUGAAGCGGCGCCCACCUACAAUGGACAUCCCUAA